AUGUUGGCAACUACUCCAGCCAAUGUUGGCCCUCGUUGGGGACCAGAGAGUGAAUCUGCGUCCACCCCAGCCCCAAGAGCCACGGCCAUUCUGCCUAGUGCAGGCUCUGCAUACGACUCCUCUAUCUUCACACACGCCUGGGUGAAGAAGACACUGGAGGCAGAACACAAGAAUGCCAGCUUGGUAUUGCUCAAGGAUUUUGCCUUGAGCCUUGCAGGGAAGGAGUAUAUGGAUCACCUGCCUCAUGGGUACCACCACACUUUCCUAAUCAGGAAUCCAAACAAGGUCAUACCCUCCUGGAGAAAAUGCCAUGAGGAGUGGAGACCAAGCAAACCACUUCUUGAUGAGGAGGCAAAGGAGGAGUGGCACAAAGCUAACAUGGGGGAGCAUGGGGGUUUCAAGGAUCUCCUGGAACUCUUCCAGUAUGUCAGAGAAAACUUGGAUCCAGCACCGUUUGUCAUGGACGCCGAUGAUUUAGUCUCCCAGCCCGAGACUGUGAUGGCUGCCUACUGCAAGGUCACUGGAAUUCCCUUCAGCAGGAAGCUGAUAGAAUGGGAGAAUGACGGCUCACCGAUGUAUGAAAAAUGGAUCACUUGUCGGGACCACUUAGGGUACUUGAACUGUAAUUACCACACCAACGCCAGGAGCAGUAGUGGCUUCAGGAAGAACGAAGACCUGCCCAAGCCAGCUUCGACAUCCGUAACCAAUCCUAAGGCCAUUGAACAAAUCGCUAAGUGUGUGCCUUACUACGAAAAACUCUAUCGUGAACGCUUUGUCCCGUAAAUGUGGCAGGGCCAAGAUUUAGUUGUGAAGUUUUGUCUGAUAACGAUGUAGUUAAUGUCCAAUAAGG